AUGCUGACUGCAAAUGAUUUAAAAGAUUCUAUCUUAGGCAGAUUUAGACUCACUAAACAAAACAACAACAUCAACUACAUUAACAACAACAACAUCAACUACAUUAACAACAACAACAUCAACUACUUUAACAAUAACAAAAUCAACAAACGAAAUAAUAUUAUUGUUGUUGCGAUAGCAUUUUUUCUAUUGGUUCCUUCAUUUCAAUACGUUGAAACGGCUACCAACAACAACAACAUCAGCAACACCAACAACAACAGCAUCAACACUACUAUCAACAACAACAACAGCAAUUUGAAGAUAACAACACCUUCCACUAUUACACCAAAUGACAUUACUAAAAUUACCACAAACACUUCUUCUACUCAACCACUAGCUAAUAUACAAAAGUUGGAAAAUGAUAACCUGACCAACAACAACAACAACAACAACGUCAACAACAACAACAACAAGGAUACUGAUAACGAUCCUGAAAAGAACGAGGAUGACAUCAUUUGCACUGACCCAGUUCUUUGCCGGAAGGAUUUUAAUCAGGUCAUCAACAUGAUUAUAAACGCUUCAGGGGUUGUUAACAUCCCAGGGAUGGCGAUGUCCGUUGUCUAUGAUGGGGGAUCUAAAAUUUGGACCAGAGGUGUUGGCAUAAAAAAUUUGAAACCGACCGACAACCAUGUAGAUCCGAAUAUUACGAAAUUUGCCAUUGGCUCCAUCUCCAAAUCGUUUACAACUUCGCUCAUCGCUAUUUUACUGGAUGAAAAUCGACACAAGUACCCGAAAUGUUGGGACACGCCCUUGAAAGAGGUCAUGGGGUCAUCGUUCACCUUGACCUCUGACCACUGCCAUCAUUCCUCCACCAUCAAAGAUGUCCUGGCCCAUCGUAUGGCUCUCAAAUCGUACUCCAUACUCCUGCUUAUGGGCACCGGGCUCGACAAACCUACUCUGGAGUUUUGCAGGCGCAUGAGUUUGUUAGAAUCAGAUGGCGACUACAGAGUUACAUACUCGUACAGCAACAUGAUGUAUGUCUUGGCCGGAUGCAUUGCUGAAAUCAUGGGGCAGGAUUCAUUUUCGAAUUUGUUGAGAAAAAAGUUACUAGAGCCAUUAGAGAUGAACGACACGUUGGUAUUCGAAGACUCGAUGUUAAAUGGCUGGGCUGAUGUAUCUGAAUCAUUUUAUCUGGAAUCCGGACAACUGAAAAUAAUGCACACGGAUAUGCUGAGGUCUAUAGAGAAGUUCCCUUCGGCUGGAGGCAUCCUAUCAACAGCGCUGGACAUGACGAAAUGGAUCAAGUUUCACUUCAACUUUGGAAAACUGGAAGACGGGCGUCAGUUGGUGGAUCCAAAUAUUUGGAGUGAGAUGCACAAGAGUCACAUGCCCAUAUCCAUCUAUCCGGUCAUUCACGAGUUCGAAUCCUACCCCGUCCACUACAGCACUGGAUUCUAUGAACUUGGUUGGAUGACCAGUCGUUACAGAGACCAAAAAGCCUCAGUGCACGGAGGUCGAAUAUCCGGGUUCGAUUCCUUCGUCAGCGUGUACCCGAGCAAGCAGUUCGGCGUGUUCACAACGACCAACGGGCAGGCCUACAACAACUUCGACUUCCAAAAAGCUGCUCAUUUGGCUUUGUACGACCUUUUCAAUGGCAACGACGUUUGGCUUAACAACUCAAUAAUGGCAAAGUUUGAUCAAAGUUUCAGAAGUUCCCCAUCUAACAAAUCGAAUCACAACGAAAAUAAAACGAAACCGAAUUUAACGGUGCGCAUUGAUUCGAGAUUUUACGUCGGUAUUUACGGUCAUCAACUAUUCGGUAAUUUGACUGUCCAUGCCAAGCGGCACAGACGCUCGCAUCGAAAUCUUCGGAGCCACAGAAGCCACGCCUCCGACGAUUUAUACUUCAAAUAUGGAUUAGUAGGCAAAGGAAAAUUAUCAUUCGCAUCAAAUGACACCUGCACAAUUCAUUAUUUGGACCAUCUCGAUCACUUCAACCACCUCGAGUCCGCCUACUACUACAGAUUCAAGUUCCAUUUCAACGAUUUCGACAGCAGAAGAGGCAAAUACAACAGCUUAACGCUGGUCGGCAUGUCAGAGAAAGUCGUUACGACAUUUCGACGAGGUGUCACUUGGCACCCGUUCGUAGAUGUCAAUGAAAAUCACCAGAGCUACUCCUCAAAACUAGUUUGCAAGUUCAAUGUCCUGCUAGCUCUGGCGGUCAUCGAGCGAUUAAUUAGCAGGCUAACUGCCUGUUGACGACCCUAAUUAUGUAAAUUUUAUCCUAAUCAAUCCCCUAAAUCAGACCUUGAAUGGACUAAUUCCAUAAUUGAAAUAUUGUU